AUUGGGUACCUGAAAAAAAAUGGAGAUGGAACUUUAUUAUUUAGCGUAGUAAAUUCGUCUGAUCCAGAAGCAGAAGAGGAAGAGACUCACCCAGUGGAUCUGAGUUCACUGUCAAGCAAAUUAUUACCUGGCUUCACUACACUGGGCUUUAAAGAUGAACGAAGAAAUAAAGUAACCUUUCUUACAAGUGCAAGUACAGCACCUUCCAUGCAGAACAACUCUAUAUUUCAUGAUUUGAAAUCAGAUGAAAUGGAACUCUUGUACUCAGCGUAUGGUGAUGAAACUGGGAUACAGUGUGCCUUAAGCUUACAAGAAUUUGUCAAGGAUGCUGGAAGUUACAGCAAGAAAAUAGUAGAUGAUCUUCUGGACCAGAUCACUAGUGGAGAUCAUUCCAAAACUAUUUAUCAGCUAAAGCAGAGGCGAAACAUCCCAGUAAAACCACUGGAUGAAGUUAAAGUUCUGCCAGUUCUCAUAAAAGAAGAACACAAGUUGCGUAAUACCUGUCCGGAUUCUUCCAAACAGAUUAUGGUUGGAGAAUCUGCCGGAGAUAGUAACACUUCUGACUUGGACUUUCUCUCUAUGAAACCAUAUUCAGAUGUCUCUCUUGAUAUUUCUAUGCUAAGUUCAUUAGGGAAAGUGAAGAAGGAGCUUGAUCAUGAUGAUAACCAUUUACAUCUGGAUGAAACAACGAAGCUGCUGCAGGACCUUCAUGAAGCUCAGGCAGACAGAGUGGGAUCCCGGCCAUCAUCCAAUUUGAGUUCCCUCUCCAAUACUUCUGAAAGAGACCAGCAUCAUCUCGGAAGCCCUUCUCAUCUGAGUGUUGGAGAACAGCAAGACAUGGUUCACGAUCCUUAUGAAUUUCUUCAGUCUCCAGAAACCUCAAAUGCCACUACUAACUAAUCUGAUGUGUACUAUACAUAUUUUGUAUUUUAAUUGUAUUAUGUUUUUAUAAAGUUUCUGU